AUGCUCGCUGCGACGCUCUCCAGACCCGCCUCGAGAGCCACGCGAGGCCUGUGUGCGCGCGCCGCCUCGUCGCUCAUCGCAUCCAUCGACCAGGGCACCUCCAGCUCGCGUGUCAUCCUUUACGACGCCGUCACGCUCAGGCCGGUCGCGUCGCACCAAGUGGAGCUGCAGUCGGCAACGAGCAACCCGCAGGCGGGCUGGUCGCAGAUGGACGCCAAAAGGAUUGUGGGGACCGUCACCGACUCGGCUGCCGCGGCGCUCGCGGCCGCGGGCGCCAGCGCCUCUGACGUCGUCGGCGUCGGCAUCACCAACCAGCGGGAGAGCACGGUAGUGUGGGACAAGCGGACGGGCGAGCCGCUGUACGACUGCAUCCUGUGGCACGACGCGAGGACCGCGACGACGGUGUCCGCCCUGGCCGACGAGCUGGGCGGCCAGGACGCGCUGCGCGCCACCUGCGGCCUGCCUCUCUCGACUUACUUUUCGGGCGUUAAGCUGCGCUGGCUGCUGGAGACAGUGCCCGCCGUCAAGGAGGGCUUCGAGUCUGGGACGGCGCUCGUUGGGACCGUCGACUCGUGGCUCGCGUGGAAUCUGACCGGCGGCGCGGGCGGCCGCGCCACAAGGCACGUCUCCGACGUGACCAACGCGUCGAGGCACGUCUCGGACGUGACCAACGCGUCGAGGACGAUGCUGAUGAACCUAUCGACGUGCGGCUGGGACGGCGGCCUCGUGCGCGCGCUGGGCGUCGGCGCGGCGGAGGGCGCCCUCCCAACCAUCGUCUCGUGCGCCGAGGAGAUUGGGCGCGCGCCGCUCACGGGGAUGAUUGGGGACCAGCAGGCCGCCAUGGUCGGCCAGCGCUGCUUUGGUGUCGGCGAGGCCAAGAUCACUUACGGCACCGGCGCCUUCAUGCUCGGCCGACCUAGAAGCAGACCACGGAUUCGUGCCGUGCCGUCGAGCCAUGGGCUUCUCUCGACGGCGCUCUACCGAUUCGGCGCGAGUGCGCCCACGCAGUACGCGCUCGAGGGUGCGGUGGCUUCGUGCGCGGUCGGGAUCAACUGGUUCAAGGACUCGCUUGGCAUGAUCGGCACCGCGCCGGAGAUCUCGUCGCUGGCCGCGCAGGCGCCGUCCCCUCAUCUCUCCCCAGAUCUCCCAGUGCCGGAGGGGACGGAGGGGCUCGUGUUUGUGCCCGCCUUUGGCGGGCUGCUCGCACCGCACUGGCGCGACGACGCGCGCGCGACGCUGGUCGGGCUGACCCUCGCGCACGACAAGCGGCACGUCGCGCGGGCGGUGCUCGAGGGCAUCGCCCACCAGGCCAAGGAGGUCACUGUCUGCAUGGCCGCCGACACCGGAGCGGCGCUCACCGGCCUGCGCGUCGACGGCGGCGUCGCGCUCUCCGACGAGCUGCUGCAGUACCAGGCGGACUUGUGCGGCAUCGCUGUCCAGCGGCCGCGCGACGUGGAGACGACCGCGCUUGGCGCUGCCAUCGCUGCCGGCUUGGGCGCCGGGGUCUGGAGCUCGAUCGCCGACAUCCCGUCGAGCGGCGACGACAUCGAGCGCACCUUUGAGCCCGCCAUUUGCGAGGAGGAGCGGACGGCGCGCUGCGCGAGCUGGCAAAAGGCGGUGGAGUCGUCGUUUGGGUGGGCGCGGGAGUAAAAGGCGGUGGAGCCGUCGUUUGGGUGGGCGCGGGAGUGAAGAAGGGCAGCGCGCGGACCGAGCCAUGUAGCAUGUACUCCGGGCGCGUGGGCC